AUGGGAGGCAGGGGGGUCGCGUGCGUGGACCAAGGCGCGCGCGUGGACCAAGGCGCUCGCGUGGACCAAGGUGCUCCCGUGGACCAAGGCGCGCGCGUGGACCAAGGCGCGCGCGCGGACCAAGGCGCGCGCGCGGACCAAGGCGAGCGCGCGGACCAAAGUGCGCGCGUGGACCAAGGCGCGCGCGUAGAGAAAGGCACGCACGUGGAGAAAGGCGCGCGCAUAGAGAAAGCCGCGCGCGUGGACCAAGGCGCGCGCGUAGACCAAGACGCGCGCGUGGACCAAGGCGCCCUCGUGGACAAAGGCGCCCCCGUGGACCAAUGCGCCCCCGUGGACCAAGGCGCGCGCGUGGACGAAGGUGCGCUAGUGGACCAAGGCGCGCGCUCGGACCAAGGCGCGCGCAUGGACCAAGGCGCGCGCGUGGACCAAGGCAUGCGCGUGGACCAAGGCGCGCGCGUGGACCAAGUCGCGCGCGUGGACCAUGGCGCGCGCGCGGACCAGGUCGCGCGUCGAGAACGCGGGCGUGGACCAAGGCGUGCGCGUGGACCAAGGCGUGCGCGUGGACCAAGGCGCGCGCGUGGACCGAGGCGCGCGCGCGGACCAAUGCGGGCGCGUGGACCAAGUCGCGCGCGUGGACCAAGGCGCGCGCGUGGACCAAGGCGCGCGCGUGGACCAAGGCGCGCGCGUGGACCAAGGCGCGCGCGUGGACCAAGUUGCGCGCGUGGACCAAGUCGCACGUGUGGACCAUGGCGCGCGCGCGGACCAGGUCGCGCGUUGAGAAAGCGGGCGUGGACCAAGGCGUGCGCGUGGACCAAGGCGCGCGCGUGGACCAAUGCGGGCGCGUGGACCAAGUCGCGCGCGUGGACCAAGACGCGCGCGUGGACCAAGGCGCGCGCGUGGACCAAGGCGCGCGCGUGGACCAAGGUGCACGCGUGGACCAAGGCACGCACGUGGACCAAGGCGCGCGCGGGGACCAAGGCGCGCGCGUGGACCAAGGAGCGCGCGUGGACCAUGGCGCGCGCGCGGACCAGGUCGCGCGUCGAGAACGCGGGCGUGGACCAAGCCGUGCGCGUGGACCAAGGCGUGCGCGUGGACCAAGGCGCGCGCGUGGACCGAGGCGCGCGCGCGGACCAAUGCGGGCGCGUGGACCAAGUCGCGCGCGUGGACCAAGGCGCGCGCGUGGACCAAGGCGCGCGCGUGGACCAAGGCGCGCGCGUGGACCAAGGCGCGCGCGUGGACCAAGUUGCGCGCGUGGACCAAGUCGCACGUGUGGACCAUGGCGCGCGCGCGCGGACCAGGUCGCGCGUUGAGAAAGCGGGCGUGGACCAAGGCGUGCGCGUGGACCAAGGCGCGCGCGUGGACCAAUGCGGGCGCGUGGACCAAGUCGCGCGCGUGGACCAAGACGCGCGCGUGGACCAAGGCGCGCGCGUGGACCAAGGCGCGCGCGUGGACCAAGGUGCACGCGUGGACCAAGGCACGCACGUGGACCAAGGCGCGCGCAAGGACCAAGGCGCGCGCGUGGAACAAGGCGCGCGCGUGGACCAAGGAGAGCGCGUGGACGAAGGCGCGCGCGUGGACCAAGUCACGCGCGUGGACCAAGUCGCACGUGUGGACCAUGGCGCGCGCGCGGACCAGGUCGCGCGUCGAGAAAGCGGGCGUGGACCAAGGCGUGCGCGUGGACCAAGGCGCGCUCGGACCAAGGCGCGCGCGUGGACCAAGUCGCGCGCGUGGACCAUGGCGCGCGCGCGGACCAUGGCGCGUGCGCGGACCAGGUCGCGCGUCGAGAAAGCGGGCGUGGACCAAGGCGUGCGCGUGGACCAAGGCGCGCGCGUGGACCAAUGCGGGCGCGUGGACCAAGUCGCGCGCGUGGACCAAGACGCGCGCGUGGACCAAGGCGCGCGCGUGGACCAAGGCGCGCGCGUGGACCAAGGUGCACGCGUGGACCAAGGCACGCACGUGGACCAAGGCGCGCGCGGGGACCAAGGCGCGCGCGUGGACCAAGGCGCGCGCGUGGACCAAGGAGCGCGCGUGGACGAAGGCGCGCGCGUGGACCAAGUCACGCGCGUGGACCAAGUCGCACGUGUGGACCAUGGCGCGCGCGCGGACCAGGUCGCGCGUCGAGAAAGCGGGCGUGGACCAAGGCGUGCGCGUGGACCAAGGCGCGCUCGGACCAAGGCGCGCGCGUGGACUAAGUCGCGCGCGUGGACCAUGGCGCGCGCGCGGACCAGGUCGCGCGUCGAGAAAGCGGGCGUGGACCAAGGCGUGCGCGUGGACCAAGGCGCGCGCGUGGACCAAUGCGGGCGCGUGGACCAAGUCGCGCGCGUGGACCAAGACGCGCGCGUGGACCAAGGCGCGCGCGUGGACCAAGGCGCGCGCGUGGACCAAGGUGCACGCGUGGACCAAGGCACGCACGUGGACCAAGGCGCGCGCGGGGACCAAGGCGCGCGCGCGUGGACCAAGGCGCGCGCGUGGACCAAGGAGCGCGCGUGGACGAAGGCGCGCGCGUGGACCAAGUCACGCGCGUGGACCAAGUCGCACGUGUGGACCAUGGCGCGCGCGCGGACCAGGUCGCGCGUCGAGAAAGCGGGCGUGGACCAAGGCGUGCGCGUGGACCAAGGCGCGCUCGGACCAAGGCGCGCGCGUGGACCAAGUCGCGCGCGUGGACCAUGGCGCGCGCGCGGACCAGGUCGCGCGUCGAGAACGCGGGCGUGGACCAAGGCGUGCGUGUGGACCAAGGCGUGCGCGUGGACCAAGGCGCGCGCGUGGACCAUGGCGCGCGCGUGGACCAUGGCGCGUGCGCGGACCAGGUCGCGCGUCGAGAAAGCGGGCGUGGACCAAGGCGUGCGCGUGGACCAAGGCGCGCGCGUGGACCAAUGCGGGCGCGUGGACCAAGUCGCACGCGUGGACCAAGACGCGCGCGUGGACCAAGGCGCGCGCGUGGACCAAGGCGCGCGCGUGGACCAAGGUGCACGCGUGGACCAAGGCACGCACGUGGACCAAGGCGCGCGCGGGGACCAAGGCGCGCGCGUGGACCAAGGCGCGCGCGUGGACCAAGGAGCGCGCGUGGACGAAGGCGCGCGCGUGGACCAAGUCACGCGCGUGGACCAAGUCGCACGUGUGGACCAUGGCGCGCGCGCGGACCAGGUCGCGCGUCGAGAAAGCGGGCGUGGACCAAGGCGUGCGCGUGGACCAAGGCGCGCUCGGACCAAGGCGCGCGCGUGGACCAAGUCGCGCGCGUGGACCAUGGCGCGCGCGCGGACCCGGUCGCGCGUCGAGAACGCGGGCGUGGACCAAGGCGUGCGCUUGGACCAAGGCGUGCGCGUGGACCAAGGCGCGCGCGUGGACCAAGGCGCGCGCGUGGACCGAGGCGCGCGCGUGGACCAAGGCGCGCGCGUGGACCGAGGCGCGCGCGCGGACCAAUGCGGGCGCGUGGACCAAGUCGCGCGCGUGGACCAAGGCGCGCGCGUGGACCAAGGCGCGCGCGUGGACCAAGGCGCGCGCGUGGACCAAGGCGCGCGCGUGGACCAAGCGCGCGCGUGGACCAAUGCGGGCGCGUGGACCAAAUCGCGCGCGUGGACCAAGACGCGCGCGUGGACCAAGGCGCGCGCGUGGACCAAGGCGCGCGCGUGGACCAAGGUGCACGCGUGGACCAAGGCACGCACGUGGACCAAGGCGCGCGCGGGGACCAAGGCGCGCGCGUGGACCAAGGCGCACGCGUGGACCAAGGAGCGCGCGUGGACGAAGGCGCGCGCGUGGACCAAGUCACGCGCGUGGACCAAGUCGCACGUGUGGACCAUGGCGCGCGCGCGGACCAGGUCGCGCGUCGAGAAAGCGGGCGUGGACCAAGGCGUGCGCGUGGACCAAGGCGCGCUCGGACCAAGGCGCGCGCGUGGACCAAGUCGCGCGCGUGGACCAUGGCGCGCGCGCGGACCAGGUCGCGCGUCGAGAACGCGGGCGUGGACCAAGGCGUGCGUGUGGACCAAGGCGUGCGCGUGGACCAAGGCGCGCGCGUGGACCAAGGCGCGCGCGUGGACCGAGGCGCGCGCGUGGACCAAGGCGCGCGCGUGGACCGAGGCGCGCGCGCGGACCAAUGCAGGCGCGUGGACCAAGUCGCGCGCGUGGACCAAGGCGCGCGCGUGGACCAAGGCGCGCGCGUGGACCAAGGCGCGCGCGUGGACCAAGUUGCGCGCGUGGACCAAGUCGCACGUGUGGACCAUGGCGCGCGCGCGGACCAGGUCGCGCGUCGAGAAAGCGGGCGUGGACCAAGGCGUGCGCGUGGACCAAGGCGCGCGCGUGGACCAAUGCGGGCGCGUGGACCAAGUCGCGCGCGUGGACCAAGACGCGCGCGUGGACCAAGGCGCGCGCGUGGACCAAGGCGCGCGCGUGGACCAAGGUGCACGCGUGGACCAAGGCACGCACGUGGACCAAGGCGCGCGCGGGGACCAAGGCGCGCGCGUGGACCAAGGCGCGCGCGUGGACCAAGGAGCGCGCGUGGACGAAGGCGCGCGCGUGGACCAAGUCACGCGCGUGGACCAAGUUGCACGUGUGGACCAUGGCGCGCGCGCGGACCAGGUCGCGCGUCGAGAAAGCGGGCGUGGACCAAGGCGUGCGCGUGGACCAAGGCGCGCUUGGACCAAGGCGCGCGCGUGGACCAAGUCGCGCGCGUGGACCAUGGCGCGCGCGCGGACCAGGUCGCGCGUCGAGAACGCGGGCGUGGACCAAGGCGUGCGCGUGGACCAAGGCGUGCGCGUGGACCAAGGCGCGCGCGUGGACCAAGGCGCGCGCGUGGACCGAGGCGCGCGCGUGGACCAAUGCGGGCGCGUGGACCAAGUCGCGCGCGUGGACCAAGAGGCGCGCGUGGACCAAGGCGCGCGCGUGGACCAAGGAGCGCGCGUGGACCAAGGCGCGCGCGUGGACCAAGGAGCGCGCAUGGACCAUGGCGCACGCGCGGACCAAGUCGCGCGCGUGGAACAUGGCGCACGCGCGGACAAAGUCGCGCGCGUGGACCAAGUCGCGCGCGUGGACCAAGGCGCGCGCAUGGACCAAGGCGCGCGCGUGGACCAAGACGCGCGCGUGGACCAAGGCGCGCGCGUGGACCAAGGCGCGCGCGUGGACCAAGACGCGCGCGUGGACCAAGGCGCGCGCGUGGACCAAUGCACGCGCGUGGACCAAGGCGCGCACGUGGACCAAGGCGCGCUCGUGGACCAAGUCGCGCGCGCGGAUCAAGUCGCGCGCGUGGACCAAGGCGCGCGCGUGGACCAAGGCGCUCGCGUGGACCAAGGUGCCCGCGUGGACCAAGGUGCGCGCGUGAACCAAGGCGCGCGCGUGGACCAAUGCGCGCGCGUGGACCAAGGCGCGCGCGUGGACCAAGGCGCGCGCGUGGACCAAGUCGCGCGCGUGGACCAACUCGCGCGCGUGUACUAG